ACAAAUAUUUGUUCCAUACAAACACACUGCAACCUGUCCAAUCGCGAAAAUGUUGCCGAAUUAAGUUGUUGUUUUCUGAGUUAAUCGAAGUUGUCGUUCGUUUAAUUUGUUACUUUAUGUUAUAAACAAUCCACUGGUUAAAAAUAACCAACAUAGAAGCUUCACAAAUUUCGAAAUGGAUUAUCAGAUGUUCCUGGAUGUUGCUGGCGAUCGGCAUCGGAUCAAGGAGGGAGUUACUCUCGUCGGUAUGGCGGAAAAUGAUCGAUUUAGUGUUAUCAGGCUGCAAAAUGAGUCAAUUUGUCCGAAACACGCGGCGCUACGAUACGUUGCAACGACGCGUGAACUGCACAUUAUGGAUCUGUGUUCCCACGGUGGAACAUAUUUGUUCGGAGAAAACAUCCGCUCCACAAAACAAAUGCCUCCACUGGAGUGGCAUAAAGUCUCCAUUGGCGACAAAUUUCGUAUCGGAACGGUCGAUUGUCGUCCCGAAUUGACAGUCGGUAUGCACAAGUCUAACGGAAGUUCGUUUUAUGCUGAUGAGGAGUCAACCGAUUUCAUCGAUUGCAGCCUAGAGGAACCACUCCCUCAAAAAUCACGCCUCGAGCCGAAAAAACUGCAACAAUCGGGCACAUCCUGUGCUGGCUCGAUACAGGAACCCAAUGUCUCAUCGUCUCUUUCGAUGAAAAAUGCAUCUGUUCGUCGGAGUAGCAGCUUUUUCAUUCCUGAAACUCAACAGCUAAGUGAAAGAUGUUCCCCGUCGUUGAACGGCUCUGUUACUACACUAAUCAAUGAAACCAAAGAGGAGGAUCGAGUUGUAGGAAAUUACGCAGAUGAUGAUGAUCUGUUCUUCAUUCCUGAAACUCAGGAUUGUAGUGAACGAGCAGGGAAAUCCCCCCACAUCGAACCAACUGGAACCACUAUCGGCGAGGGCAACAAAGAGGACGACUUUUUGAAGUUCGAAACCGAGGACGAUGAGAAUACGGGCGAUGGUAUUUUCAACAAUCCAUACGUCGAGCAAUCGCAAAAUUUACUGCAGAAUAUCAAUAAUUCUUACAAAAAGGAUGCUGCAGACACACAACGGAAGUCGAUCCUUCCCGAUCGGUCGGUUGACUCUAUUUCGUUCCACGGGCACCUUCCAGUGGCGAACGAAACCAACGAUGAUCUCAGCAAAAUCGAAUGGAACGAAACGAAUACCACCAAAAACACUGCAACGGAUAUCGAUAGAGAGCAGAGCGGCUCCGUUACUCCGGAGCUUAUUUUUGAUCAACCAGUGACAACAAAAAAGGCAAUUUUCGACAAUAAAUCGACCGUAGAACACCGCGAAGAAUCCGUUACUCCGGAGCUGGAUUUCGACCGGGUUACACCACAAUCGCGUGAACCAAUAAACACAAACAAACUGUCUUUGAAAAAAGAUGCCAGUGUGAAGAAAGCGGCUAACAAAAGACAAUCUAGAGAAACAUCAGUGACACCUGAUCUAAAUUUCGAACAAGAUGAGGCGGAAAUUUCACUCAACCAAGAAGGAGCGAACAAUCAUGCCGAAAAAGAAGUCGAUCCGUAUGAGAUGGCAACUCAAAUAAUGGCCGAUGAUGAUGUAGCUGAGGAGCCAGAUGAUGAUCCGUAUCUAGCGCCGACGCAAGCAUUGUCCACCGCGGCGCAUCCCACCGAGUCCGCCUCGACGAGUAUAUACGAACUGCAAACUCAAGUUGCGCCCGAUGUUCAAAACAGAGAAUCUCCGACUUUCAAAGUGCCUUCCCUGUCUGCCUACGAUGUUCUCACCCAAAAAAUGCCCGCAAAGGAGAUCAAAAAAGCACAUUCUCUACGAAAAGUGUUUGUGAAAUUGGACGAUUUGAAACAAGAGAAGAAAAAUGUGUCAUUGCGGGUGAACAAAGAGAUCGAACUGGACCCCUUCGAAAUAGGAACUCAACCAAUUUCGACGAAGAAAGAGGAUCGUAUAUACGAUCUCGAGACCCAAGCCCUGGAUGAUUUGGACGACACCGUACCGUUUGAUACUUUAGCAGCCCUAUUGCGGGAGCAUCCCAAAGAUGCUUACGAGCUACUGACACAACCGCUAACGGCCCACCAUUCUGCUGGCAGUUUGGAGGACGAGGAUCCGGAAAUGACCAAGAACUUUCGGCCUCCGGUGAACAGCACAUGUCGAUUGUCAGUUCUCCUUAAACAGAUCGAUGAUCAACCGUCGGCGGAGGCCGAUGGUUCCAACAUUUCACCAUCCUCGAACAAGGAAAAUCGUGCUCAAGCUAAUCAACGAAGCAAGACGAGCGCGAUCGGUGGGAAACGGAAGACAUCCGCGUCUGUUAGUAAGUCUGAAACGAAGCGCUCUCCUGACACAACCGAUCAGCGAUCGGUCGAUGAACAGUUGGAUGAAGAAUACUGUCUGGCGGAGACGAUGCCUGUCGCGGAUAAGAGCAGCAGCAAGAGCUCCAACGACACAUCGGGAAAGAAAACCCGCUCUACCAAAAAGGAGAAAGUUUCCGAAGUGCGAUUCAAAAAACCCGACAGUGUCAGCAAUGCCACAUCAACAAGUAAGAGAUCAACCGCAAGCACGGAAACGCCCCAAUCGAAGCCAAAUUCUGAAGCUGACACAUCAUCUUUCGAUUUCAACACCCCCGAGCAUCCGUUUUUGGACAUAGCCAAAAAGGAGAAAAUCCUCGCCGUUUCGGACAUGAUCAAGCGUCGUUCUACGGCGAGUGAAAGCGCCGUGCGCAAAAAUAAAUACCUGUUCGGAGACAGUUCAGACGAAGACAAUGAACCAGAUGCACUGGUGUUCCAGAAACGCGACAGUAAAAUUCAAAUGAUGAAAUAUGACAAAGAUAAGGAUAAGCCACCGAAGGAAUUCGCCCCCUUGGAACCACGUGCGAGCAGAGAAAGGAAGCGAAACAAGAGGUAUUCACGUGACGAAGAGGAAAAGAGUAAAAGUGGCGAGCCGACAAGAACGAGUGUAAGGAAUGCAAAAACCAAGUCCCAUACUAUCGUUGAUAAUCCAAUGAAAUCGAGGGUUGACGAGUCAGUCGAUUAUCAGCCAAAUAAAUUCGAAGAAAAAUCAACAAAAACCAGGAAGCGUAAGGCUACCACAGAAGAGCUACCCGAACCAUUCAGCGAGGCGCCGAGAUCCAGCAAGUCGAAGAAAAAGGACGAAUCUACGCUCAAAAAAACACGGCCACCGCCAACGAAAUCGGAAGAAUUGGCCGAUUCGAAGCGUCCCAGUCGCUCGAAACGCACAACAGCCACCGAAGACGUUAUCGAAAUUAAGAAUUCUAGAACGACCAAAAAAACUGAGAGUGCUGAAAAAACGACCAACCGUAAAGCAACACGUGUCCAAACUAAACGUAGGACAAGCGCUAUCGAUAUUUCCAGUGAUGAGGAAGAUCCGCAGACAGCUUCCAGUGCAACCGAAGCAACCAGUGUCACAUCCGACUCGCAAUCAUCCGGAACUCGCAAGUCAUCCCGCAACAGUAAACCGCGCCUUAUGUUCACUAAACUAAGCCCCGAACCUUACAAGCGUAUGAUCACAAGAUUUGGUGGCCUCAUUGUCGACAUGCCCGAGCUGGCCUCCAUACUGAUCUCGGAUAAGAUCUACCGCACGUACAAGUCUCUCUGUGCCAUCGCGAAGGGCAUUCCGGUGGUCGGACAGUCCUACUUGGAAGUGGUGGAGAAAAGCGGCAGUUUCGCCGUCGAUCCCUGGGAACACAUCCUACAGGAUAACGAGGUGGAGCGCCGAUUCAAGUUCAGUCUGAAAAAAUCGCUCACCAUGGCGCAAGAAGCAAGGAUCUUUCAGGAUUAUUCAGUUAUCGUAACUCCCAGCAUCAGGCCACCGCCGGAGGAGGUGCAGUUGAUGGUGGCCAGUGCGGGGGGUCGCGUUAUCAAGUUCCCAACUCAGCAACCGAAGCAGCCCGACAAGAUGUUUGUGAUUUCCGACCAGCAGGAUAGGGCCAUGUGGCCAAAGUUUCGGGAACACUAUCCUAAUAUCGAGAUUAUUAGCACCGAAGGGUUCAUGCUGUCCAUAAUGCAACACUACAAAAAUUUUCGCAACUACCGGUUCACGUAGGGGUGGAAUUGUAUUAUUUAUGUUCUUGAGUUUUUAACCAGUUACUAUUUUUAAUGUCGUGUCUUUUCUGUUGCCAUUUCAAACUUUUGAUUAUCUGACUAUUAAAAAAUCGACACGUUUUUUCGGCGUCGAACGUUGAAAAUUAAACAUCACA